CCCAAUCUGUAAUCUCCGGAACUGCACAAAGUAAAAUCGAACUGUAUUUAGCAACACCCAGCUUAGCUAGGUGAUCCCGCUGCUCAAAAGCGUCUUCGCUCUCUUCCCCAAUCACUUCCCUCUCUGCAGCACCUUAAAGACAGAAAAGAUGAGUGGAACUGGAGAGAAAGGAUCAGCGACCACCAAAACUCCAGCUGACUUCCUUAAAUCGAUCCGGGGAAGACCAGUUGUGGUCAAAUUGAAUUCUGGAGUUGAUUAUCGAGGCAGAGUGAAACCACGCCCAAUUAUCCGUAUUGGAUUGUUCAUCAUCUCUCACAGCACCCUUGUCAGUAUUGUGUGCUGUGUAACAGGGGUUUUGGCCCUCUUGUUGUUGCCUGUUCUCGCCAAGUCUACUUACUUUUCUGAGAAUGCCCUUAUGCCAGGUUCUGCAAAGUCCAUGCUAUCUGGGAAGAAUGUUGUAGAAGCUAAUAGAUUUGUCAAAGAACUAAGUAGCCUGGGUUUGAAACCUCCAAGCACAGGCAUAGAAAUUCCAAAAUUGAUAGCAAGGCGUAUGGCAGAUUUGGGUGGUGAAGUUAGUUAUCACAACUUCCAUCCUCAAUCCAAAUAUUUUCAUCCCCUCCAUUUCUUUUCCAGCCCUGAUCCUGAAAUGGUUAGAGCAAACUAUAGUUGUUCAUCAUAUGGUGUUAAUAUUGUUGGCAUUGCCAGAGCUCCACGCAGCGAUGGAAAGGAAGCUAUUGUCUUGGUAACACCUUACAAUUCUACAAAUAUUAGUUUGGGCGAGGCUAUGUCACUGGGCAUUGCAUAUUCAGCUUUUUCAUUAUUUACUCAAGUAAGUUGGCUAGCUAAGGAUAUUAUAUGGGUUGCUGCUGAUUCAAGGCAUGGUGAAUAUGAUUCAAUUGUUUCUUGGCUAAGAGACUAUCACUCUCCUUCAUUCGGUGGUUUGGAGAAGCUAAAUGCCAAGGUGUGUCGUGAGAGUCUCGUCACCGGAAGUGAAGUGUCUGACAGUUUCCUGCGGGGUGGGACAAUGGCAGCCGCCCUAGUCAUCAAGGUUGCAGACGAAAGUGAAUUGUUUGACAAGGAUGCACUGAGCAUCUAUGCUGAGGCCUCCAAUGGGCAAAUGCCGAACCUAGACCUUAUUAAUGUUGUGAAUUAUUUGGCAGUACAUGGGCAAAGUUUUUAUGUGAAGGUGGAUAAAUUGCCAUCUUUGCUGAGAUCCAAGUGGUUGAAGGUUCUUGGUAAAGUAAUUGAAUCGCUAGGAAAAAUUGCCAGAAAUUUGAAUCCUCAAUGGAAAUUUGGUAUCCCUGUUUCAGAAUAUGUUGAAGGCACUGCCACACUUGCUAGUUCACUGUAUAAUCAGGCUUUAGGUGUUCCAACCGGUCUUCACGGUGCUUUUCGCGAUUACCAAGUUGAUGCAGUGACUUUGGAUAUUCUGCCUAAGAGGAGUUCUUACCAUAAAGCCAGGCGCAGUGAGUUUCUUUUGCAUGGUGCCAGGUUAGUUGAAGGAAUCACACGGUCUGUAAAUAACCUCCUGGAGAAGUUUCAUCAGUCCUUCUUUUUGUACCUUUUGACAUCUCCUAGUAAAUUUGUGUCAGUUGGCGUCUACAUGAUUGCUUUUCUGCUGCUAAUUGCACCCCUUCCUGUAGUUGCUGCUUCUCUCUAUUCUGAUGCGCACAAAUGUUGUCCUGAAUUAAAGAACAAAGAAGUAACUUCUAUGGACUUUGUUGUUGAGCGUACCUUAAAUUCUAAAUCAUGGAGAUGGCUUUAUGCAGCAAAAACAGUAUUCGUCAUCCACUUGUGGGGUUUUGUUGUUACAGUGCUUCCCUUCUUUAUGUCUCAGAUCCCUGGUUGUUCAUCAACAACCAGCUUGCUAAUCUGGAUUGCAUCUUCUGGUUUCAGUCUUAUUCUCAUGCAUGUACUUCUUGGCUCGCCUUUUCUAACAAAUAGCGUACCUCAGUCUGAGGGAAAAGAAUGGCUUCUUCUGAAGUCGGUAACCAUUACAGCUGCAUUUAUAGGAUUAUGCUUAAUGUCUGUCAUUAACUUUGCAACGGCAGAAAUCGGAGCUCUUCUGACAGUCCCCAUCUGUUUGAUGGCUAGACCACUAAAGCGAGAUCUUAAGGUUCGCUCAACAAAAGCAUUUGCCCGGGCUGCUUUAAAUUUGUUUCUGCUACAUAUUGGAUUUCCAGUGGCUGCAUAUUUUCUAGUGAAAGGUGCAUUUGAAGGUUUUGACAACAUUAGUAUAGGUGAUUUCUGGUACUGGGUGGAGUCUCUGUGGGUAUGGAACAGUGCCACAUACAUAUACAUAUGUAUGGCAUAUACUCCUUGCUGGGUUUUAUGUAUUCACAUUUUACUACAUCCUUGUUAACUAGUUUUGCUUUCAAUCUGUACUUUUGUUGUACCACUAAAUCAAAAACCAUUGACACUCAUGUUUAGUAACAAUUCCUAGUUCCGCUCUCAUAUUUCCAUAUACAAAUGUUUGUUGUUCGGCCA